UCAAUUAAAAAAAAAAAUAUUAAAUGAAACUAGAAGAAUAAUAAAUAAAGAUAAAAUACGGCAAUUAAAUUAUAAAAGUAUAUCAACACUUAGCAAUACUAAAAGUAAUUCUCAAUAUGAUAAAGAUAAACAGAAAUCAAAAAAAGAAAAAAAAGAUAAUAAUCCAAAAGUAAAAUUAGCAGGAGGUAUAUUAGGUAGCUUUUUAAUAUGCUCUUUUGCAUAUUUAAUUAUUUUAUUUAAAAAUAAAAAUGAGGAAGACGAUAUUGAAACAAGUGAAACUGCUGAAGAAUUUGAAAAUGGAAAUCCAUUAAGUUAUCUAAAUAUGGAUGAAGAAGUUAUUGAAGUGUCCUUUUUUAGAGAUGAAAGUCUUUAG